AAUCUUGUUGUGUACUCUGAUAAGUUUAAAAAUCAUGCAAGCCUCAUAACAUGAAAAUUACCAAUUACUGUUGCCACCGAGUAACAUUUAUUCUCUAUGUCGACAUCAUCGCCACUAUUUAGAUUUUAACCGGAAGUUGAUUCAGUGUGCCACGGUCAGCUGAGGGGAGGGUUACGAUAUACGUCUUAUAUUGAGCAAAGUAAAUGUGCAGAAUGACGAAUGGUAACAAUCUUCAUAUUUAAACACUUCUUCAAAAAUGGUUGAGCCAAUUUUCGACUAUCAGUUUCGAUUGAUACUAAUAGGUGAUAGCACGGUCGGAAAAAGUUCUUUAUUAAAAUACUUCACGGAUGGAAAAUUUGCCGAGCUUUCAGAUCCAACAGUUGGAGUUGAUUUCUUUGCCCGCCUGAUUGAAGUAAAAGAUGGAACUCGUAUCAAGUUACAGCUAUGGGACACGGCCGGACAGGAAAGAUUUCGGUCCAUAACCAAGUCGUACUACCGCAAUUCAGUCGGGGCUCUAUUGGUGUAUGACAUCACAAACCGCUCAAGCUUUGAGCACAUUCCACUGUGGAUGAUGGAGGCUCGUCGCCAGAUCAAACCGCACUGGCCGGUACUUGCCCUAGUAGGCUGCAAGUUGGACCUGGUGUCAAGUGGGAGGCGGGAAGUCACCCAGGAGGAGGCCCAAGCAUUUGCAGAGCAGAACGGUUUGCACCACGUAGAGACGUCGGCAAAGACAGGCGCAAAUGUGGAAGAAGCGUUCCAUGCAGUGACACAGGAGGUGUAUUCACGCAUCCAGACAGGCGAGUAUAAGAUUGAGGAUGGGUGGGAUGGCAUCAAGACGGGCUUCCAGCGGCCAGGAGGGCUGGAUUUUAACUUGGUGGAGGCAGAACCAGCAAAAUCCACAUGCUGCUGAGGUACAUGAUGGAAUGGUCACACAAACAAACAAGGUGCCUGUGCCCCAGAUAGUCCUCUGUAAAUAUAGUGGUGUGUGUGAGAGGUGAUAUACACCACCAAAUCUUGCCUCCCUCUGGGAACGGCCCCUUGCCAUAUCAAGACUCUCUGGUGCUGGCAGAUACAGAAGAUGUGCUUGCUUGCAAAAUCUUAGGGAGACUAGCAGUCGGUUGAUCUGCCACGGGUGGCUCCUGAACCUUUUAAAUUUUGAGACUAAUAACCUGUGGUUACAUUAAUCUAUUAUCUCAUGUAACCUGUUUUGGUAGACUUCAAAAUUCAACCAAAAAUUUCUAUGCAAUGGAAUAUUUUAUGGUGGCUGGUUUAAAAAAGCAGGCCAAUUUUAAACGUUAAGAUUUCCUUGUAACUUCGGCAUACCCAUUCUGUAAAUUGUUGCUUGAAUUAUAUUUGGUAUGGUCAGCUCAAACUCACAGCCUCAAAAUAGUUCCAUCUUGACCUGAGUUAGGUAUAUGGAGAAACUUGCUGUGUCUUUGAAUCAUGUAAGUUGUAUUUGUUUAUUGACAUAAUUUUUGCAGUUACCUCUUUGACUUCAGAACUUUUGUGGCAAAAAUAUUGCAGCAAAUACAUAGAGUUUGGGGUUACAAAAUCAACCCCUUCACUGACAAUGAGCUGUGGCAUUCGCCAGUCCAACUCAACAGGCACGCCCAUAACACGUACAUCCAUUUUACAGUUGUUUUUUGACCAUGAAAUUCCUUUAUACCCUGUACAGAAAAUUGGAUACCUAACACAGACUGUGCUUGCCAUAAGCAACGUAACAUACACUAGCAAGUGCUCACUUAAAGAUAUGCUACAUGAUUGUGAUGCGGUGAUUUUAGCAAAAAAGAACACACAUCAAUGCUUCUCUUUUCUUCAAUCAAGCUACUGCCACACAAAGCACGUGGAGAAAAUGUAACCAUUUCCACUACCAAAUGGUGGAACAUAAAUCGCACACAUCAGUGCAGUAUCUCCUGUAAUUACAUCAUCAGGGAUGACAGCUUGGUACAAAAAACAAUAAUUGCUAGUAAUAAUUUAUUUUUUGUUUGGGCUAGUGAAAAAGAGACAGAAACUGGUGGAGUGAUGACACUAAUUUGGAGUAUUAAUGGCUGGAUUGUUUGAUUUCAUGUACAUAUAUAAAUAAUAAAUAUUAUUAGUGUGA